GCCCGCAGCGAUCUUAGAGUGCGCAGAAACAGCAGUCCCAGCGAAGGCAAAGGCUCCAGCACCGCCAAAGCGUUUAAUUUCCACUGGACUGGUUGAGAAUACAUCUUGAAGUCCAAAGAUGCCCACGCUGACCUUAAACCUGGAUUUUGUAGCCUCGAUUGCCGCAGCUGACCCUAGCAGAAGCCCAGUCAAGGGGACGGCCCCUCACUUCUCGGCGAGUUGAUAUGCAAAAUAGUUACGUCAGAUGGUGGGGGCGGGGCACCCCCAGGUUGAGUGGCAGCAGCUCCUGCCUAGGGAGGAGGAGCGAGAAUCAGCCUGGUUCAGUGACUGAGACAAACUGGAGGUGAGAGGAGCUGGUACUGUCCACUGUGCUGUCGGUGCUGAAACUGAGACGCGAGCGGACCAGUUGCUCCAGCACCUGGAGGCAACGCCCUCUUGCACCCUCUGUGCCCUGUGGGACCCGCUUCACCAACAGGACCCAUAUCAACUUGACAAAGGAGUGUGGUAUCGGACGUGGGAGAGACUCCUCUGUUUGCCACCUGGGCGCUCAUUCAGGCGUGACUUUGGAGAUUUCUAUAGUUUUAGACGAAACUAUUUUAUUUAUUUAUUUUUUUCCCAGCUAAGACAUCUUUUUAGUUUUUUUUUUUUUUUUUUUAAUUGUGAUUUGUAUUUCCACGGCGUUUAGGAAUCUUUCUGGGGGACUUUUGUGACUGUUAAAAUAAGGUCACUUCCACUAAGCCUCCAUGGCCUGAGAUACCACCGUGCUUAAAAUAUUCAGGAUGAUUCUUACUCCUCAACGUUUUUCAAUGCAGUAGCCCAGAGAUGGAGGUGAAAGAAAAUAAACUGGAUAUAGUAAAAAGGAAGAAUCAUGGGAAGUGUCGUCUAGAAAUCAGAGCUCUAAGAAACCAUGGCGAUCAUCCAUUCCAGGUUUUAAAGUUGACAGACAAACACCAAAACAAUUUCAGUGAUUUACCCAAGCACGAAGUUGGGGCCAGAUCACAAGUCCUUCAGCUCUAACAUUAAUUGCCCUUCCAAUGGGAGCACCAUGACUCUAGUUGUUGAGAGAGGCAAGGUCAUCAGAGAAUCUCAGAAAACAACUGGUUGUUACUGGCUAUUCAGGUAAAAAGCAGUAAGGAUGUUUAAGUGCUGCUCAGUUGUCUUGGUUCUUGGAUUCAUUUUUCUGGAGUCAGAAGGAAGGCCAACAAAAGAAGGAGGAUAUGGCCUUAAAUCCUAUCAGCCUCUAAUGAGAUUGCGACAUAAGCAGGAAAAAAAUCAAGAAAGUUCAAGAGUCAAAGGAUUUAUGAUUCAGGAUGGCCCUUUUGGAUCUUGUGAAAAUAAGUACUGUGGUUUGGGAAGACACUGUGUUGUCAGCAGAGAGACCGGGCAAGCAGAAUGUGCCUGCAUGGACCUUUGCAAACGGCACUACAAACCUGUAUGUGGAUCUGAUGGAGAAUUCUAUGAAAACCACUGUGAAGUGCACAGAGCUGCUUGCCUGAAAAAAGAAAAGAUUACCAUUGUUCACAAUGAAGACUGCUUCUUUAAAGGAGAUAAGUGCAAGACUACUGAAUACAGCAAGAUGAAAAAUAUGCUAUUAGAUUUACAAAACCAAAAAUAUAUUAUGCAAGAAAAUGAAAAUCCUAAUGACGACGACAUAUCUCGGAAGAAGCUAUUGGUGGAUCAAAUGUUUAAAUAUUUUGAUGCAGACAGUAAUGGACUUGUAGAUAUUAAUGAACUAACUCAGGUGAUAAAACAGGAGGAACUUGGCAAGGAUCUCUUUGAUUGUACUUUGUAUGAUCUAUUGAAAUACGAUGAUUUCAAUGCUGACAAGCACCUGGCUCUUGAAGAAUUUUAUAGAGCAUUCCAAGUGAUCCAGUUGAGUCUGCCGGAAGAUCAGAAACUAAGCAUCACUGCAGCAACUGUGGGACAAAGUGCUGUUCUGAGCUGUGCCAUUCAAGGAACCCUGAGACCUCCUAUUAUCUGGAAAAGGAACAAUAUUAUUCUAAAUAAUUUAGAUUUGGAAGACAUCAAUGAUUUUGGAGAUGAUGGGUCCUUGUACAUUACCAAGGUGACCACAACUCACAUGGGCAAUUACACCUGCUAUGCAGAUGGCUAUGAACAAGUCUAUCAGACUCACAUCUUCCAAGUGAACGUUCCUCCAGUCAUCCGGGUGUAUCCAGAGAGUCAGGCUAGAGAGCCUGGGGUAACUGCCAGUCUUAGGUGCCAUGCAGAGGGCAUACCAAAGCCUCAGCUUGGCUGGUUGAAGAAUGGAAUUGAUAUUACACCAAAGCUGUCCAAACAACUCACACUUCAAGCAAAUGGCAGUGAGGUUCACAUAAGCAAUGUGCGCUAUGAAGAUACUGGAGCAUACACUUGUAUCGCAAAGAAUGAAGCAGGAGUGGAUGAAGACAUCUCUUCUCUUUUUGUGGAAGACUCUGCUAGAAAGACCCUAGCUAACAUAUUAUGGAGAGAAGAAGGUCUGGGAAUUGGGAACAUGUUUUAUGUGUUUUAUGAAGAUGGAAUCAAAGUGAUACAACCCAUAGAAUGUGAAUUUCAGAGGCACAUUAAGCCUAGUGAAAAGCUCCUUGGAUUUCAGGAUGAAGUCUGUCCCAAAGCUGAGGGAGAUGAAGUUCAGAGGUGUGUGUGGGCAUCAGCUGUUAAUGUCAAAGACAAGUUCAUUUAUGUUGCACAGCCAACUUUGGACAGAGUCCUUAUUGUUGAUGUGCAGUCCCAAAAAGUUGUUCAGGCAGUGAGCACAGACCCUGUCCCAGUUAAAUUACACUAUGACAAAUCGCAUGAUCAGGUCUGGUUGCUAAGCUGGGGUACCUUGGAGAAGACAUCACCAACACUACAGGUAAUUACCCUGGCCAGUGGUAAUGUGCCUCACCACACGAUCCACACCCAACCAGUGGGAAAGCAAUUUGACAGAGUGGAUGAUUUUUUCAUUCCCACCACAACACUCAUUAUCACCCAUAUGAGGUUUGGAUUUGUUCUUCAUAAAGAUGAAGCUGCAUUACAAAAAAUUGAUCUUGAAACCAUGUCAUACAUCAAGACAAUUAACUUGAAGGACUAUAAGUGCGUUCCUCAGUCAUUGGCAUAUACACACUUGGGAGGCUACUACUUCAUUGGCUGCAAACCUGACAGCACCGGAGCAGUUUCCCCACAGGUCAUGGUGGACGGUGUAACUGACUCAGUCAUUGGGUUCAAUAGUGAUGUGACGGGCACUCCAUAUGUUUCUCCAGAUGGCCACUACCUUGUCAGCAUUAAUGAUGUGAAAGGUCUUGUAAGGGUUCAGUACAUUACCAUCAGAGGAGAAAUACAGGAGGCUUUUGAUAUUCACACAAAUCUGCACAUAUCUGAUCUGGCAUUUCAACCAUCCUUUACUGAAGCCCACCAAUAUAACAUCUACGGUAGUUCAAGCACACAAACUGAUGUGCUCUUUGUGGAGCUCUCUUCUGGGAAGGUCAAGAUGAUAAAGAGUCUCAAGGAACCACUCAAGGCAGAAGAAUGGCCUUGGAACCAGAAAAACAGGCAAAUCCAGGACAGUGGCUUGUUUGGUCAAUACCUGAUGACACCUUCUAAGGACUCUCUCUUCAUCCUAGAUGGACGACUCAAUAAAUUAAACUGUGAGAUCACUGAAGUUGAGAAAGGAAAUACAGUCAUUUGGGUUGGAGAUGCCUGAAAACCCUAUAAUACAAUUAUUGGAUGAAGCAAAACGCUUCAUUAAGCAAAACAAUACAUUGCACUUAAUCCAUUGUUUAAAUUUACAACUUAACUUUCCAAGUUUAUAUCCUAGUCAGACAAAAUUUACUUGGUUGGCCCAAAUAAAAUAAGUUGUUUUUGACUAAGGCAUACACAAUUAAGAAUAGUGGUUAAUUAGAAAUAUUUAGCACACUAUUGAAUGAGAAAUCACAUCAGUCACAAGAAUCAAAUGUGUAAAUUAUGCUUUAAACAAUAAAGUAGGAUUUAAAUCAUUUAAAAAACUAAACUGCAGGGAAUUUCAGAUGACGUAAGCAUUAUUUCAUUCUGAGGGUAGUUUAUUGUUUUCUCUGUCCUUUUGGUAUGAUUAAACGAGAAAUAAAAGGUGUUGUGGAAACUUAAAAUUCUUAAUUCAAAAUAUUCGGUCCUCUCCACUGUUUAUAAUAUUUUGUGCCUUGAAGGGAAUGUCACAGGAGAAAAGGAAGAUUAAACCUGCAUACUAAAUGCCCUCAUAACUAUAAAUUUCUUGUUGUUAAAAAACAUCUCUUGCGCCAAAACCUGCCUUCAGUCUUUUGUUUAACCCUCAGUGAACUAUCAAUUGAAGGCAUAAGUUGGCCUUAGCUUGUACCAGGUGUCAAUCUCUACUUGACAUUUACUGUAUAAUCUGCAGCAUGCUAUAGAAAGUGGGAAGGAAGGGAGGAAAAUAAUUACAGUCAAAAUAUUUGCAAUCUAUCUACUCAUUUUGCUUUCAAUCACUAGAGCGCAUUAUAUUUUUAAUGCAAGUUUGUCUGGGAUGUCAACUGCCUACAGAUGUUUAUUACUAGCAGAACAGAUUAUUUAUUAAUAGAUUGUUUCUUUUCAUAUAGUCCAGUGGUUCAUCAUCAGGAACUUUCAGUUGUAAAAAAAGAAACAUUACUUUUGUCUGCUAAAGUAAACCAUAUAUAGGGAAAUUAACACCUAGGAAAAGAAAAUUGGCAAGAGAAUUGAUGAGGUAUUAGUGGUUUAGAAGAAUUAGUAAUAUAAGUUGGGAAUAAAGGGGUAGCCCCACAGUGGUAAGUAAAGAUGUAGUUCUCCAUUGUUUUUGCUAUUUAAAUAUAAUGUAUCAAAAACCUUUAUUCCAAAUAAUUUCCCCAAAUGGUUUAUUUUAUUCAUCUCCUAUGUAAUCCUAAAAGCACCUUCUCACUAUGUGCUGUAGUUUGAAACCUAACUAAUCCUCCUACUUGAGACACUGCAGAGAAGUAAAAAUUGUUGCUUCUCUUUUGUUUUAAGAGGAAAUGAGAAGGCCAGCAGAAGUAGAUUAAAACUAGAGAGCUGGUUUAUUACAAUAAGCAGAUAAUUAUCCAGGCUUAAAGUCAUAGCUUACAUGUUUUGAAAAUCUUUGUACUUAUUUUUGUUUUUAUUGUUGCAAAAAAUGUUAAUGGGCUGUUGAAAUGACCUCCAUUUACUUAAGGUAAUCCAAUAAGAUCUUUUUUAAAUAUACAAAUUUUACUCAAGUUUAAAUUGUGUAAAACUGCUUAGAAACCUGAAAUUUUAUAGUGUGUAAUAUCUUAUGUGUAUAUAGCAUCCUGAGCUGUGUGAUACAGUAGAUUUCUUCUUAGCAGAAACAUUAUGCAAGGUGGAUUUAAUAAACCACAAAAAUCAGCUUAUGUUUCUACUUAUUGAAUCUGCUUUACAUUUUAGUAAUUUUCUUCCUUGUGAACAUGAACCAUAUAAAGUGUCUGUGACUUAAUGAUUUCAUGUAAGUCUUUCGCAUACAUCCUUCUUUUGUAACUUACACCAUGUGGAUGCUCUGUCUGUAGACACUGCUUGAUAAAAGGAGAAUAAACCUCUUACAUUUUAA